CAGAUGGACGGCAAAACAUUAAUUCUCUUUAUACUCCUUUUGGGGAUAAACGUAUUGGCACUCAAUGGCAUUUCCGCACUAGACAGUUGUGGACAACAGCCAUUGGUGGAUGCCCCAGGUGGGUCACGCAUUGUUGGUGGCCAGACUGCACCAGAGGGGGCAUGGCCCUGGCAAGUCAGCAUACAGAGAGGUUACAAACACAUAUGUGGCGGGAUUGUUCUCAGCACUCAGUGGGUUAUCACUUCAGCUCACUGCUUCAAUGACCAACCAUCACCACGGAAACUGCAUGUGUUGGCUGGUGAACAGAACAUCUUAAAAAGAGGAAAGCAUGCCCAGUACCGAAACGUCAAAAAAUUAAUAAUUCACAAUGAUUAUAAACAAGCAACCUUUGACAGUGACAUCGCUCUUCUGCAGUUGAGCAAGCCGCUUCGGUUUACAAACCAUGUACAGCCUUUGUGUACCAUUAGCACUGAGGCAGAGGAGGAAAACCUGCAUUUCAGUGCUUGCUUUAUAAGUGGCUGGGGAAGCACCCAAUUCGAGGGGCCAGGUGUUUACACACUGCAAGAAGCCGAGGUGGAGCUCAUCGCCAGAGAGACAUGCAACAAGAAAGACUGGUACAAUGGCUUCAUCAGUGAAAACAUGGUCUGUGCUGGCUUUGAGGAGGGGAAUGUUGACGGUUGCCAGGGUGACAGCGGGGGUCCACUUCAAUGCUACAGUGAAGAACAGGAUAAGUUCUACCUUUUAGGGGUGACAAGUUUUGGGGAACAAUGUGCACUACCUAAGAAACCUGGAGUAUAUACUCGUUCUAGCAGAUACUCAGACUGGUUGAAAAUGAAGCAGGAGCGAUCGUCAUCUUCUGCUUUGGCUGUGUGUUCCAUCUUUAUCCACAUAACAUCAGUCUUAAAUGCACUUUGGCUGUUAAUGUAAGGAAUAAACACAUAAACUUACCUUG